CGAAACGAGAGAAUGUAAAAAAAAAAAAAAAAAACGCAUCAGCCUCAUCAGACUCUCUCCCCCACUGGACCAGAUCUACUCGGGUCGGGUCAAACCUCAGAUCGUAGAGACGUCACAAUCCCACCAUGGCGGCAGCCAUACGACUCCGCACGCUCCAAUCGCAACCGGAGAACAAAGUCUGCGUCGACUGCUCCCAAAAGAACCCCCAAUGGGCGUCAAUCUCCUACGGCAUCUUCAUGUGCUUAGAAUGCUCCGGGAAGCACCGAGGCUUAGGCGUCCACAUCUCCUUCGUCAGAUCCGUCACCAUGGACUCAUGGUCCGAGAUCCAGAUCAAGAAAAUGGAAUCCGGAGGCAACGAGAGGCUCAACGGCUUCCUUGCUCGCUACGGGAUCGCCAAGGAGACGGAGAUCGUCGCAAAGUACAAUUCAAACGCCGCGUCGGUUUAUCGCGAUCGGAUCCAGGCCGUAGCUGAGGGAAGGCAGUGGAGAGAUCCGCCGGUUGUUAAGGAGGUUGUGCCUCCGUUGCAGGGGAGCAAUGGGGGAUGGGAUGAUUGGGAUAACGAUGAUUCGUUUAGGUCUCCGAGGAGGAACCAAUCUGCGAGUGAUUUUAGGGGAUAUGGAGGCGGUGGUGGUGGUGGUGGUGGUGGGGCUCCGGCGAAGUCGAAGUCGUCGGAGGAUAUAUACUCGAGGACGCAGCUAGAGGCGUCAGCUGCGAAUAAAGAGAGUUUUUUCGCGAAGAGGAUGGCGGAGAAUGAGUCUAAGCCUGAGGGGCUUCCUCCUUCGCGAGGUGGGAAGUAUGUGGGGUUUGGAUCGAGUCCUGGUCCUGCUCCCAGAAGUAAUCAUCAGAGUGGUGGUGGUGGUGGUGAUGUUUUCUCUGUUGUGUCUGAGGGAUUCGGGAGAUUGUCUCUUGUUGCUGCAUCUGCUGCGAAUGUUGUUCAGACAGGGACCAUGGAGUUCACUUCAAAGGUCAAAGAAGGUGGCUUAGAUAACACGGUGAGCGAGACUGUUAAUGUUGUUGCGACUAAGACAACGGAGAUAGGACAGAGGACGUGGGGGAUCAUGAGAGGAGUAAUGGCAAUUGCUUCACAAAAGGUUGAAGAGUUCACUAAAGAAGAAACUUCAACCUGGAACCAACAGAAUAAGAGUGAGGGCAAUGGUUACACUAAUUCAUCUCUUGGAGGGUCGCAAUCAAGUUACCAAAACAAUUAUCGUAGUAACUCGAACUCUUGGGAUAAUUGGGGGGAAGAGAACAGUACUACCAAAAAGGAAGCGGCGCCAAAAGUGUCACAAUCAUCAUCAGGUGGUCACCACAACAGUUAUGGUAACUCGAACUCUUGGGAUGACUGGGGAGAAGAGAAGGGUACUACCAAAAAGGAAGCAGCACCAAAGGUGUCGACUUCUAAGGAUGAUGAUGAUGAUGGUUGGGCUGGUUGGGAUGAUGAUAAUGAUGCUAAAGAUGAUGAUGAUGGUUACUAUCAGAGUGGUGCAGGGGAUAAGAAAUCUGUAGGCCACAAUGGGAAACCAGACACUGCUUGGACUGGUGGAGGUUUUCUCUAGCGGUGUUUCGUGAGAAAUGGAAAUGAAGUUGUACAAUUAAGGAAAAAGCAAAGACUUGUGGUUGUUGUGAGAGAGAGAGUGGUAAACUCAACCAUUGUAAGCCAUUGCAUGUCUGUUUUUUUUUUCACAUUAUCGAUUGCUUGGCGUUCAUGAACUUGUGAGCGUCAUUUGCUCUUCUACAAUAUAGCUUUUUCUUAAAUUAUUUUAUCUCCAUUAUAUUUGUACAAGCUUUAUAGGGGAUUGCUUGCUAAUCAAUUCGGGUUAGUCUUCAGCACUUUUUCGAUGUUCGAACUUUGAUUUUUUUUGAAAAUUUGUAAUGACAUUUUCAACAGUUUUCGUCUAUUAAUUUUAGUUUUUUGAAAGAUA